AUGGACGGCCGUCCCAUUGCGCUACCGAGACCGUCCGAGUCCUCGUCAUCCUCUGACCCUUCCGUGGUGGGCCCCGGUGGCGGAGCCCUCGUCGUCGGCCACUUGGCCUCUUGGCUACAGGGCCGCCGGUGCCCCAGCCUCCCCCUGACGCCAGACCAGGUGGCCCGUCUCAGCUGGACGCAGUUGGUGCACAGCGUCCGGCCGCUGCCUGUCUGCGGCCGAUGCCACAUCGAGUGUGAGGAGACCUGCAGCGGUACAGGGGCGCACCAGUGCAUCGGUGCUUGUCGACACCUGCGGGUCAGUUUGCCACCCGAAGACCAGACCCAUCUUCAUCGGCUCAGCGGUAUCAUGUCCUUACAAGCCACUCUAUCCGGGCCGAAUUUGAGACAGGUUCAUUGGGAUUGA